ACUUACUGCUAGGUGAACAGUGACAGCAGGUGCAAGGUGACUAACACCCAGGUACCUACUUACUGCUAGGUAAACAGUGACAGCAGGUAUAAGGUGAUUAACACCCAGGUACCUACUUACUGCUAGAUAAACAGACAGCAAUUAUAAGGUGAUUAACACCCAGGUACCUACUUACUGCUAGGUAAACAGUGACAGCAGGUGUCUUAAGGAAACACAUCUUAAUAUUUCCACCCGUACCGGGGAUCGAUCCACAUAUAUAAUAAUUGUACUUAUGUGAACCUGUGCCGAAAUAAAGGCGCUUAUUUAUUUAGCAUCCAGACGCAGUGCAUCCGACCUGUUAUUACCAGGCUACGUUAUAUUUAGCAUCCAGACGCAGUGCAUCCGACCUGUCAUUACCAGGCUACGUUAUAUUUAGCAUCCAGAUGCAGUGCAUCCGACCUGUUAUUACCAGGCUACGUUAUAUUUAGCAUCCAGACGCAGUGCAUCCGACCUGUCAUUACCAGGCUACGUUAUAUUUAGCAUCCAGAUGCAGUGCAUCCGACCUGUUAUUACCAGGCUACGUUAUAUUUAGCAUCCAGACGCAGUGCAUCCAACCUGUCAUUACCAGGCUACGUUAUAUUUAGCAUCCAGACGCAGUGCAUCCGACCUGUCAUUACCAGGCUACGUUAUAUUUAGCAUCCAGACGCAGUGCAUCCGACCUGUCAUUACCAGGCUACGUUAUAUUUAGCACCCAGACGCAGUGCAUCCGACCUGUCAUUACCAGGCUACGUUAUAUUUAGCAUCCAGACGCAGUGCAUCCGACCUGUCAUUACCAGGCUACGUUAUAUGGAUCUUACUGUGGAGACUGGUUUCUGAAUUUAAAAUGACUUUGCUGGGAGCAGCAGCAUCAAGCCAGCCAUCAAAAUUCCUCUUGAAGGAGACAAAGUCCAAUUCUUAGAUAUUCCAUUAGGCAUAGGCGAGGGUAGGCCUACGAGGUGUAGAUUAAGCCAACUGGCUGGAACUUUUGUAACUUGUAAAUACAAUACUAGAUGUAUGUUAUUGUAUUUUGUUGAGAACUGUGCACCGAGGACUUGCAUUACUGGGGACUGUUAUGAUCCACAAUAAUGGGUGUUAUUACUGGGGACUGUUAUGAUACACAGUAAUGGGUGUUAUUACUGGGGACUGUUAUGAUACACAAUAAUGGGUGUUAUCACUGGGGACUGUUAUGAUACACAAUAAUGGGUGUUAUCACUGGGGACUGUUAUGAUACACUAUAAUGGGUGUUAUUACUGGGGACUGUUAUGAUACACUAUAAUGGGUGUUAUCACUGGGGACUGUUAUGAUCCACUAUAAUGGGUGUUAUUACUGGGGACUGUUAUGAUCCACUAUAAUGGGUGUUAUCACUGGGGACUGUUAUGAUCCACUAUAAUGGGUGUUAUUACUGGGGACUGUUAUGAUCCACUAUAAUGGGUGUUAUUACUGGGGACUGUUAUGAUCCACUAUAAUGGGUGUUAUUACUGGGGAUUGUUAUGAUACACUGUGAUGGGUGUUAUCACGCACAUAACACCGACGUUGUUCCCUUACAUUAACGUACGCUGUACUUGGAUCUCGCAGUACGUAAUAUUGUUAUAACUAUUCGAAAAAGCGCCAAACCCAUGAGGAGGCUCGAUCCUCCGUUCGGUUACGGCCGCCAGAUGUUUAGAUAACAGGUAGAUUGACCUCAAAAGAAAGGAAAAUCUUCCACCAUCAUUCAUUCAGCAGCUGUCUUGCCAGAGCGGAUAUCAGAAGUUAAAUGCCUUGUAAAUGUCGCCAUUUGUGAGUGCAUAGUCAUGGUUAUUUGCCUCUGAUAUUUCAGGGUUAUGAAAGUGAUUUAAGGGUGAUAUUUCAGGGUUAUGAGAGUGAUUUAAGGGUGAUAUUUCAGGGUUUUGUGUGAUUUGAGGGAUUCUGAAGUAACUUUUGUGAAAACAGUGUAGCAGCUUCGAGACUGGGAAUGACAGGGUGGUGAUAGUGUGGAGAUGGAGGAAGAUAGUGAAGAAGUGAGGUGAGAGAGAGGAGAGAGAGAGAGGAGAGAAGGACUAGCAUCUACAGGAAGCUUGUGUUAUCUGCUGUGUGGUAGUGACCGGACACGGAGCCCGUCGACUCUAUAUCUCCGUGGCAGUCUGUGGCUCUGUCUGGCUCCUACUGCUGGUGAUCCUCUGUGUUCCUAGUGCUCACUGUCCUUUGUCACUAUGUGAUGCCCUGUACACUGCUUCCGUGUACAGGGUAAGACAUUAAGCCACCAUGCACGUCCCUGGUGUGGGUUCUCCUGCCCUUAUGAGACGCAAAAAACCUGGUCUUAGUCUUGCACGACCAUUCUCCUCCUUGCGACGCUCUAUACGGACCUCCAUGCAUUUCGAUCUUCUAUCGUCGCCUACGUCUCCCGUGCGCAUUACCGGUUUUGUGGAGACCGGAAGUCCUACCAUCUUAGAAGACCCCAAACAGCCGAUAUUUCCCAUCGUGCCUAGUGUCGACGCGGUGGAUCAGGACACUGUGUUGAUGGGGCCGACUCAAGGCUGCGACAACAACACACCUACGUCACCGGAAUCUCCACUGGUUCGCUUUUCUUCCGUAACCUCCCUGACCUGUCCAGGACUCCUGCAAGACAAUGACGACCAGGAGUUGAGGUCGUCCAUCAAGUCAGUUCACCUCGCGACGCCUACGAAGGAAGACAUGGCCUCCAGGACAAGGGCCCUAAGCUUUACGACUCUCCGUCGGAGACGUAGCAGUAAAAUACGUCAAACGAGAUCCACGGAAGUCUCCAGACGUUCCUGGGAGAUGGAAGAUUGGGAGAGGGAACUUUUAGCUGUACCUGAUUGCCGACUAUCACGUAGAAAUACCUAUGGGAACGAGAAUAUUUCCAGUACAUCCCUAUCUACCACACCUUCAACUUCGUCUCUGUUCCAUUACUCUGAAGAAGAUGGACUGUCAAUGAUGGACGAGGUGCUGGUGGAUGGUCUCAACCCCAGCAAGUCUGACCGUAAGAAACUAGAGAAGAUCAACAUCCAUCUACAUGCACUUUUCGCUACAGUGGAACACGGACAACUGGAGAAGGCUAAGAACAUCCUAGAACACAAUCAACUAGAUAUAAAUAGUGUGAACAAAGACGGAGCUAAUGUGUUGGAGGUAGCAGUGAUGAACAACCACGUAGCCCUAGCCAAGAUGCUACAACAAGCAGGGGCUACUGAGAGUAACUCAGGUACGAUUGAACAGCGCAUCCACCACCUGAACGACCUGGUGAACGCCGCUGAGAGGCGUAGGGAGGAUUUGGACACCAAGGUGACGGUGGGCGUUCAACACGCACGUGAACGUGAACGACAGCGUGAACUCUGGGACAGACGAGUGAAGAUGCUGGUGAAGAUGAGGACGGGUCUUGAACAGAUGAAGGCUCCAGGUCCUCCCACCAGAGCCACUGUGGAAGUCAUCGACAGCACCCGCGUCAGAGUCACCUUCAGGGAACCCGAACCACAGAACUGUGCCAUCACAACAAAAUACAAAGUUGAAUGGAGUAUGGACGAGUGGGCGUCUGUGGGCGGCAGUCUGGAAAUUCACGACUUGCGUCGCAUGUCAGUUUUUGUGGACGGUCUAUCACAGGGCAAGAGACAUCACUUCAGAGUGUGUGCGGGGAAUUUGAAGGACUAUGGGCCCCCUGUACUGACCAGUCCCCCAGCUGCCAUACCCUCUAGCUGGAGAGAUGCAGACUGCCAGAAGCCUAGAUUGGAUGGACAAGUGAGCGAAUUGGAUGACUUGUUCAACCAGGUCUGUAAUUCCAGGCCGCAGCACGCGGCGGAAAUUAAGGCAAUAGAACCGGGCCAGGAGACGCCACUCAACCUUAGGAAGGCACAGAAAAAGAAGAGUAUCAAAAAUCUCUUCACUCCUGCACCAAAAUUUCAUAGAAAUUUAAAAAAGGGUUCGUACCUUGCGUGUGUCAUCUACUGCGAAGACAAAGUCCUCGUUACGACAGAAGAAUUUCCUCCAGUAGUUGAAGUUGAUGACGACUACAUGGGGCAAGCAAGAACCCACUUCCACUGGCUUUUGAAGGUAGCUACAACUUGGGAAGACGUCAAAUCUCUCAGACAAGACAUGGAUCGUGCUGGAUCAGCCUCAAAUGUACCUUUCAGAAUCAAACUAUUGCAAGCUGCAGCCAACAUGCAGACAACGCUUGGGAUCCAGGAUCUAGGUCAAUUCUACCACAAGCCCAUCGUUGGUAGUAACGGGACACUGGUGUUCUGUACAAUUAGACACGUAAAGAGCACAAAAGUCAUAUCUGCUAUGAACGUUAAGUGGAUUCCUCUAUCUAAACUAAAGGAGAGGAAAACUACAGCCUCAGGGCAAAGUUCAACACACACCGAGUCUGGAACCUCAGCGGGUGACAUUUUGCUGUUGUCAAUACAAGACCAGAUUCUCUACGAUAAAGUGAGUCGUGUUCCGCUGCGUCGAGGACUGUACUUGGGCUACCUCAAAUUGCAGAGUUCAGUGGAUGUUCUGCAGGUGCUAGUGCCAGACAAAACCCCUAAUAUGUUCCCUCAUGUUAAAAUCAGGGACAAUCCACAUGUCUCGAGAGAGGAGUGGGAGUGGGUGCAGAGCUUAGAAUUAGCCGGCACAGAGCAGUGGAACCUCAGUGGCGGGACAGAGUCAGUCGAGAGUGAAAGAGAGGGUCACUCUCCACUCCCAAGUGUUCCAUCUCCGGCACAGCGUGUGUGGCAUUCUCAACUCUGUCAAUCCACACAGCAGCUAUUAACACAGUUGGAGGUUGAAGAAAGCACCCAGCACCAACAUAGACUUUACUGUCGAGAAGUAUUAGAACUGAGUCCUGAUGUUGCUCUUCUCCUUGUGAUGCCACCUGUGGAUGCUGUGUGCUCUGCUCCAGGCCAGGAAGAUGCACUCUUUUCCCAGCCUAAUCUGGCAACCUUGCCCCUCCAGAUAUUUGAAAUGAUACACAUGGGCACAUACCAAAGGGAAUUAAUAGGGAGGUAUGCUCGACUUUCAUACAUCCUCGAAAUGGAUACACUGAUGGCCCAGCAUGCCAGCCGAGAAGCUUUCAGUCAAGAUGAAAUUAACUGCUCUCGAUACCGACUAUGGCAGCUUCAGACAUUUCAGGAACAGCUGGACGCUACAUGGCGAGGCCUUAGGUGGGUUAUGGAUGCUAUUAGCUAUGCUCGCGAUAAGGCUGCAUCUGGCGCCCCCUUAAUGACCUUGUUGUCCUGUUCAUUCCCCUCUACCACUCGCCAGCCAGCAGCGCAGCAGACUACCUCGCACAUGCCUGCAACCACAUCACCUUCACAAGAUACUCAUAGUUCCAGCGAGUCACUUCAGCAUGGUGCAGACAGUAAAAGGUUAAGAAAAGACGAUGAUCUCAGUUUUAGUGCGAAAAAGUCAGAAACACCAAGAAUGCUGAAGUCUAAUACCUCGGAAAACAUACGGGCUGCGGUCAAAUGUGAGAUGCGUUUUCACAAAUCAAAAACAGCAGAAUGCUUAGUCCAUAGUAGUGGUUGCGUUCAUAGUUGUAUCAAAUCUUAUAACUCGUUAAAUGAUUGUUUAUUAGACAGUGGGGAACAGAAUGAAAAUGUUCCACUUCUCUCAUGGACACAUGAAAAAAUGGAAUAUAGUGGUGAUAGAAAAAUGUACAGUAAAGACCUUCCAACUUCUAGAAGUGAAAAUCAUUUGCAACAUUGUGUAGACAAUGGGUACCCUCCCAGAAAGGCCAGUGCUCCUGCAUUUUAUGAUACUCACGAGGGGUGCUUAAAAUCUCAGUGUUGUACUAGUGAACCAAAAAUAAAUCAGAGUAUUGUGUCAUUAGAGUCUAUAGAACAAGGCAAGAGAAAAAAAAAUAGUGUCGAUCUCGAAUACGAAGAAAACAUGGCUUGUAGUAAAUCCCCAACGAGUAGUUGCUUUGAUUUGCACCAGCGAUAUGGUAGUAACCUUAAUGUUGAUAUGCAGAGGGCAGGGAGUAGUCUGAGCCAUGAUUCAGAAGCUUCAUUCUCCAGCAUGACUGCUAGUUUGCGGUCCUUAUCCUCAAAUGAAACUGAAACGGACAAUUUGAGUCUUAUGUGCUCAGAGAGUGGGCGCAGUGAAACGAAGAGUACAGAGGGUGAGGAACUAGUCGAAGGAGCUGCACGUAAUGAAGAUUUCACCAUUAUACGGGUGUAUGCUGCAUAUCAGACUGGUAUGGCAUCGGGCACCUCGGUUAAAAUACACAUUACCCCCAGGACAACAGCUCGAGAAGUGAUAGACUUGGUAGUGAAACAACUUAAUGUAGCUGUCGUGCUUAAGGGAAAAAGUGGCCCUACUUAUGGAAAUGAUAAACUCAAGGACUUUUGUUUAGUGGCUGUGAUUGGCAUGCGUGAGCGAUGCUUGCGUGAAGAUUUUCGGCCACUACAGCUACAGAACCCAUGGAAAAGAGGCAAACUUUAUGUGCGACUUAAACAAGAUGUAUUAGCUGCCCUGGAGCAGAGCAAUUCACGCCACUCUGCCUACCUGUAGGAUCAACCCUCACUGUACAUUCCACCACAUUAUACAUUAUCAUUCUGUAAUUUCAAAUUAUUUAUAUAAGAAUGGAUAGCUACAUUCCUUCUUCAGAAUAUUUCCAUUCUUAUUAUAUCUAGCUUAGCCAUGCAGUAUUGAAAAAUAAUUUUGAUUAGCAUUUAGGUACAAGUGUUGUUAGUCAUUUAGAUAAAGCAUGGUAGAUGUUUGGGUCAAAUUUUGUUUAAUGCUUUUUAAAAAACAAAAGUUACGAAGGUUACUUUCCAAGUUUCGAACAUUUUCUCUGUGUUACCAAGGUUCUCAGUACCAGUGUACAGCUCCUGGCCAAGUGGAUCACAAUCAGUCAAGGGCAUUUAAGUUCAAGAAUAGUUCGCUCAACUACCACAAGAUAAAAAUUAAGACACAUGUACAACAUCUGAGUAUUUUUAUUGUAAAUGUUUUGACAUCUAGUAGCUUUAUCAAUAUAAAUUCAAGAACAUAAUUGGAAGACAGUAAGACUAUAAUACAGUAGAUGAGGUAAUCAGUCCCACAGCAUAGGGAAGUAAUGAGUCCCACAGCAUAGGGAGGUAAUCAGUCCCUCAGCCUAGGGAGGUAAUCAGUCUCACAGAAUAGGGAGGUAAUCAGUCUCUCAGCCUAGGGAGGUAAUCAGUCUCACAGAAUAGGGAGGUAAUCAGUCUCUCAGCCUAGGGAGGUAAUCAGUCUCACAGAAUAGGGAGGUAAUCAGUCCCUCAGCCUAGGGAGGUAAUCAGUCCCUCAGCCUAGGGAGGUAAUCAGUCUCACAGAAUAGGGAGGUAAUCAGUCCCUCAGCCUAGGAGUUGAGAGUACCGUAGCGUUGAAGAUACUGUACAUGUACAACCACAAGACGGAAAUCUUUCUGUUUGAUCCCAUGAACCUUGUAGUACAGCAUUUAACAGUCAGAAUUUUUAAUAACAAGGUUUUUAUUAGUUCUUGGUGUACAGCGUCCUCACCCAUUAACACGAUGUUACCGAAUAUCUGUACAGGUAUAUUUGUACCAACAUUGUAAGAACAAGACAUGUGUGUCUUAGUCCCACAUACUCAAUACCCGUUAACUGAUAUUUCUUUGAUAGGCUAUGCAUUCAAUAUGGAUAAAAUCUUCACUGAAGUUCGUCGAAGCUCAAUAUGUAUUUCUAUGUAGUAUAAUCCUGUAUUAAGAAAAACUAAUGAUGAUCUAGACACACGUAGUAGAAUUUUUUUUUUUUUUCAACACAUCGGCCAUAUCCCACCAAGGCCGGGUGACCUAAAAAGAAAAAUGAAAGUUUUUCUUUUUAAAUUUAGUAAUCUGUACAGGAGAAGGGGUUACUAGCCCCUUGCUCAGACCAAGUAGAUAUGUAUUAUAAAUCUCAAGUAUUUGGUAACUUCUAAGUAAUGAUAAUAGCCAAGGAAGGAGUAACUGAUUACCCAGAUUUAUAAAGUGUGAUUACCCAGAUUUAUAUAGUGGCAUUCAGUUCAGGUUAUAUAUAUACUUGUUUUACAAUUUAUUUAUGUGAUCAUAAUAUAUAUACAGUAUAUAUGAUGUAGAUUCAUCAGUACUUAGCCAGUUAAUUCUGUUCGUUACAUAGCAUAAUAUGAGCAUUACUGACAAUGGGUUUACCACUUUACGCAAAAUAAUGGACAUGACUGGAACAUGACUGGGAAAUCUACCUGGAGGGUAUUCUGGGGAUCAAUGCCCCCAUGGCCCAGUCCAUGAUGAGGCCUCCAGAUGAGUUACGUCGCUUUUUUCCUCAGAGUUGAGAGAAGCGUCGAGUACAGCGUUUCCAGAAAGUGUUUAUUGUGUCACUUUAGCUCGGUUUCAGUUUCGUCGUCAAGGCUUGCUCGGUCAACACUCUUGUCGCGCUAUUUGCCAGUCAAUCCAGAAAAAGAAUUACUUUCUGACCAGAUAAAGCAAGUUAUUAGUUAUAAUCCUUAUAAAUAAUGCUCAAUAAUAACCUACAUGUAGAUAGAAACUCAGAAGAUUAAUUGGUCUGUAUAUUUCAAUCCUCUUCAGCAGAAGAGGAUCCCAGAAGGCAGUAGGGAACCUUCAUUUUUGGGGCCCAGAAGCUUGAACUGUUAUGGGGCCCCCUUUGCAACCCCUUCACAUAGAGUAGACCCCAGAAUUUUAAGUAAUGUGGGCUAAGGUGGCUUCUGGGGCCCCUCCAGGAUUAGGGGCCCCUCAAGCUUAAGCAUGAUCAGUUUCAUAGUGUAUCCACCCCUGCAGAAGGGGGUCGAAAUAUACAGAUCGGUUUAGUUUGUCUCCAUGUGGCAUAUUAUUAAGCAAUGACAAGUAUUCACAACACUUCAGGUUUUCAUAAUGUUUAUUUAUAUUAUUUUUGUAAGAGUGGGGAGUGUCUACUCCAUCUUGCAAAUACUCACCAUACAAUAUAGAAUUUGCAAAAAAUAAACAAACAAUUUAAUGUUACGUUUUGGGAAAUGAAGGGACAGUACUCAUAUUAUUGUUCCUUCUAAACUGUAAUCAGUAUGAAUGCUGCAUGACCCUCGUGGGUUUAGCACUUAGCUUUGAUUGUAAUAAUAAUCAGUAAGAAAAAGGGUACAAAUAGUUGAAAAUGCUAAUAGUGCACCGUUUGGGUGUCAAAAUUCCCGAGGUAUUUUCAUAGUUGGUGGUUAUUGUUGAAAUGUUUAUAUUUGAUAUGAAUGCCAUACAUCUGAAAUAGGUGGGGUUAGAACCCAUGGCAUGAGAGUUGCAAAAUUGAAGGCAGGGGGUAAACCACUUGGCUAGCUGGCUACAAUAAGAUUCAUCCUAGUUAAUGACUCUAUUGUAACCAGCUGGCCCAGUUAACACAUUGGCCUUGAGUUUUACGAUUCUCUCACCAUCGGUUCAAAUCCCAUCAAUUUCAUGGUUUGUUUACAAUCAUGUUCUUACGAUUUCGUGAGGUGUACAUUUGGUGAUGCCGCGGCUUCAAACUGUUUUUGACAUGGAUCCACAACCAAAAAAUAAAGUUAUAAGAAAAUUACGUAAUGGAAUACAGAUGAAAACUUACAAAUAUAUGUUUUUAAACGCGACUGAAAAAAGUAUAUUUUUUGCCUAUUUUCAAUUGAAAAAGUCAUAUCUUGCUGUUGCAUAUUACCUUCGUUGCAUAGCAUUAGAGAAAUUGAGAUGCAACACUUGCACUGUCAUAUCUAUACUCUAUAGAGCAGUGGUCCCCAGAGAGCCGUGGUUUUGUUGACACUGUGGUGCGGAACCUAAAUAAAAGUGAAUUUGUCAUUUUGUGUGCUGAACCUUGAGGGUUUAGCACUUCUUUUUGAUUAUAAUAAUUUUGCUAAACGAUCAUUUCAUGCGAAGGCUGCAUCCAUUUCCUAGAAGGGCCACAUGUGGCCCACGGGCCACAAUUUGGGGGUCCCUAAUAUAACAGACUAUACCUCUGGUUUCAUGGCAUGUAAAUUUUUCCUUCCUUCAUGUUACUGUUUUUUGUGCUGAAAUUAAUAAUGUAGCAUAAGAGUACAGUGAUCCCUUGUUUAUGUGCAAUACACAGUGGACCCCCCGGUUAACGAUAUUUUUUCAUUCCAGAAGUAUGUUCAGGUGCCAGUACUGACCGAAUUUGUUCCCAUAAGGAAUAUUGUGAAUUAGAUUAGUCCAUUUCAGACCCCCAAACAUACACGUACAAACGCACUUACACAAAUACACUUACAUAAUUGGUCGCACUGGGAGGUGAUCGUAAAGCGGAGGUCCACUGUAUGUAAUUUUUUUCAUUAAUCGGAAAGCAGAAAUAAAUGCUAGAAAAAAUUAAUGAAACUUUUUUUUUUUUUAAUAACAUUGGCUGUCUCCCACCAAGGCAGGGUAGCUCAAAAAAGAAAAAAAAAAUUAUCAUCAUUCACUCCAUCACUGUCUUGCCAGAGGUGUGCUUUAUACUACAGUUAUAAAACUGCAACAUUAACACCCGUCCUUCAGAGUGCAGACACUGUACUUCCCAUCUCCAGGACUCAAGUCCGGCCUGCCGGUUUCCCUGAACCCCUUCAUAAAUGUUACCUUGCUUACACUCCAACAGCACAUC